ACAAAAAAUCCACAACAAUGAUGCUUUCAGAAGAGGUUGACAGAUGUUAGCUAGCUAGUAACAGGCUUUCAUAGGGCUAUUUCAUUGUAUAAAACAGGCAUACUUGAACUAUUAUUACUAUUAUUGUAGCUUGAGAAUGUUUCCACACGUUUACAACUGUUUCUAGACAUUCAAACUGCGAAUGGGACAUAAACAGGCCAUUAAUCCGCAGUUUUUAGUGUGACUUUUAGCUAGUGGGUUAACUUUCUUGUUUGAGCUAAGUAUCUUUACGUGAACGCGUGACGUCAGACGUUCCAGGAAGUAUGGACUGGACUAUACAAAUACCACUGGAAAUCGACUAGACAGUGAAUAAGGAGCUGUAACACAGAGAAAUGUUGCUAUUUUUGUCGCGUUUCCAGUCAUUAUCAGGGGUUGUUAAUGCUGUUAGAGGGAUUGUCGACGUCUUUGGCUUUGAAGGGACGUUAGCUAGAUUUGACGGAGCAGUUUAAAAACAGAAAACGGAGGAAUUCAGUGGAGUAUCACUAGUCUGAACCUUGUCUUCCAUUGUCAUUUAAGACGUUUAUUUUGGUGAUAACAUUCAUGUGACCGCGGUGUACAUGUGGCGACAAUUUACAUUUUCUGUUAGUGUAACGACAACCUCAGGAGUCGUCCUUGGUGUUUGAGUGCUCGGCUAGUGAUGUCGUGGCAUUAGCAGCUUCUUUGUGUGGAGCAUCUAUACAUGGAAACGGAUGUUAGUCUGUCCACAGUCUUCAUCAGGAACAGGACAGUAAAGACCCUGGUAUUAUAGACUCCCAGUCUGCUGCCAGCACUUUCCAACCUGUUGGCCAGGAGUUGGACUGGUCAGCAGUUGAAUAUGGAAGAUGAGGUGUUUGAUCAGGUCGUGUCCGUGUUCAACAAGCUGGUGUCAUGGGUGGCAGCCGGUGCCAUGGUGUUCGGUGGGGUAGUGCCCUACAUCCCCCAGUACAGAGACAUCCGAAGGACCCAGAAUGCAGAGGGCUUCUCCACCUACGUGUGCCUGGUCCUUCUAGUGGCAAACAUACUGAGAAUACUUUUCAGAUUUGGGCGAUACUUUGAGACGCUGCUACUGUGGCAGAGUAUCAUCAUGAUCGCCACCAUGCUCAUCAUGCUGAACUUGUGCACCGACGUCCGCAUGGCCGCUGAACUCAACACCAAACGACGCUCAUUCAUAGCGACAGACAGUAAGGACGAGGAGGUCAGAAUCCCUAAGAGGCUCUUUCUGGACUUUGACUGGAACUACUUCUGGUUGUGGAGCCGCUUCGUGGACUACAUGCAGUGUGUGCUGGCCUUCACUAUGGUGGCGGCCUACAUCACCUACCUCCUGCUGGACUCUGCGCUGUUCGUAGAGACUUUGGGUUUUCUGGCCGUCUUUACAGAGGCAAUGCUGGGCACGCCGCAACUCUACUGCAACUAUCAGAAUAAGUCAACAGAAGGCAUGAGUAUCAAGAUGGUGCUGAUGUGGACCAGCGGUGACACCUUUAAAACGGGCUACUUCCUGCUCACCCAGGCCCCGGUGCAGUUCUGGACAUGUGGCCUACUACAGGUCGCCGUGGACUUCACCAUCCUGUUUCAGGUUUACUACUACAGCCGCUACCCACAGAAGCCUGUGUCUCACACCGUGUCCCAUACCACCAGUGCCAAAGCCCUGUGAAGGCCUCUGCAAGGAUGUCUGAACCACCAAUGAUGAAGCACUUCGAAAUGCCCUGCUUUGGAGCCGUGGACGUCUAUAAACAUCCAGGAGUACCAAAGUACCUUGAGAUGAUGCAGGCUGCCCACACUCAUCUCCAAGUAUAUAUAAAGACAUAAACACCCAUAACUAAGGUAUAAACAUACACAACCACUUUUGUCAGGGUUUGCAGCAGUACCUGAAGGACACUUGUUACAGAUUGGACAUUUUUGUUUUAUUUAUAAUCCCACUGAUUUAUUCUCAAAGGAACAAUAUGCUCGUGUCUUGGAAUGCAUACUUCUCAAAGAAUAUAUCCUUUGACUCUACCUGUGCAUGUAGACAAUAUUAUUCACACAGAUGAACACACAGUAAACUUUUAAGUGGACACUGGAAUCAGUGCUCAAGGAAACGUGGACCAGCUUUGUCAUCCACGAAUGCAAAUGAUUGUUGCAUGGACCCUCUGCCUUAAAUAAGACACGUUGAAUCACGCUUGCUGCAUUACCAGCAAUAUAAAUGUAUAAAUCAAUCAAAAAAAACAAAAAUCAAACAUUACUGAAUGUACAAAAUGGCAUUUGUAAUUUUUUUUUUCCCCAAUACAGUGUAGAGAUGCUGUUCAAGUCGAGCACAUGUUGGCCACAAGGUCUUCAUGUGCUGUGACACAAAGGCUCAAUCUUGAGUAGAACUGUAAGAAACUAGAGGCAAUCAAACUUUACCAAAAGAAAAAUGUCCAAAGGUUCGGACGCACAGUCUUGUGGAUUCUGUAAAAGAUACAGAUAUGCCAUAACCUUGUCAAUCUGAAACUUUUGAGUGUUUAGUUUGAACACAGUUUGGCCCCAUGCAAAAAAUAUCAACGUGGCAACAUGAGACAACAUGGAUAUUGAUGCCAAGAGUUUUGUAUCAAAGUGAUAUUUUGUUGUGUGGUCUCUUCAUGUUACAUCUUCCAAUUUAGUCUUUAGUUCUGAUUGUACUUGAAGUAAAUUUCAGGCCAUCCAAGGUGGAUUAUGUGAGCGAUUGCGAAAGUUUUUCAACAUGAGCAAAGAACAUUUGCCCCAGUUUUUUUUUUUCUAUUCUCCAUAUGAAGGACAGUUUACUGUUUACACAGCCUUUCAAUGUUGGCGAAAAUAACUCACAUCUUGUGCUUUGGGCAUGAGAUUUUACAUGGGAAGACAAAAUUAGAAGUGCUUUUAGCAGGAGAACAAAGAUGCCAUUAAAUUGCAUCAUGGGAAAUGUAGGAUCUUGCUUGCUUGGAGCCACAUGUGAGGGGCGAUGUGACACUGAUGUUCUUUCUUCAGUCUCUCAGCUUCAUGAAAGUGCAAAAUAAUAUCAGUGAAGUAUUGUUUAAAACACAAGUCUGCAGCAGCACCACACACAUCAUACAUCACCUGUGUGUGUUCACUAUAAAUAAGUAAUUUCAGAACCGUCAGUAUUUCCUUUUUGGAAUAAUUAAGCUCAAGCAGGGAAGGUUUUUUUGCCCAUUGUUCAAUCUGAACACACCUUUAUUUUCAUGACACUUGCCCUGAAAUGUUUCCAGGUUAGCAACUCCUUGAGAGAUAAUGAUGGUUUAUUACAAAUUAGUUCUUAUUUUAGUUCUUAUUGCAGUUCUGACCAUCAUCCUGUAAUUAACAUCCUACUCAUCUGGUGAAUUACAGAGAUUUGCAAACGUAUCCUGAAAUUAAAGACCAAGACAAACACACAAUUUCUCCAUAAGCCUCCAGGUUAUGCAUCUUUCAUCUUUCAUAGUUUGAAGAAAAUCCUCUCUCUUGCACUUUGACUUAUUUUUCUCAGUGUAAUGAGGGACUAUUAACAUUUCAGGCUUGCAGACAUAUUUGGUGGCUGAUUAUCAGGCUCCUUGUACUUGUUGCCAAGUCAUAUACAUUAGCCUAGUUGUUAUGUGAAGUUACCAUACCUCUACAAAUGUCAGUGCAUUGUAAUUAUAACGGGUUAGAAUAGAUGCAUACAGUAAUGUACACAGCCCUUAUGUUAUUAUCUAAUGUGAGCUAGAUAAAUGUUCAUACAAAAUAAUGACCUGUUUGAUAGUAUUGAUAUUCCAACCUCCCGACUGCAGAGGGAAUUCACCUUUGA